AUGUCAGGCAGGGACAACUUUGGGUACGGAGAGACAGCUCUGGGGGCUGUCUUCGCCCUUAACGGCAUCGCCGUCGGCCUUCUGCAAGUGUUCCUGAUCAAGAAUCUGUUCGCCCGCCUGGGGAAGCAUGUCAUGCUGGCCUUUGGCAACCUCCUUCUCGCCCUGGGUAUGGUCGGCCUGUCCCUGCUGCGCUACAAGCUUUGGCACUUUUCCAUGUUUUCCCUGCACAUCAUCGGCUACGCCAUCUCCGACACCGCUCUUGCCUCCCUCAUCUCACGGUACUCCGCUCCCGAGCACCAGGGCCGCAACCUUGGGUGGAGCCACGCGGCGCAGUCGUGCGCCCGCAUCAUCAGUCCGUUGGUGGCCGGCAUCCUCUACGAGUGGAGCAAGGAGCCUGGCCACCCUUUGCCCCCCGGGGCCCUCCCUUACAUCGCGGGCAGCGCCUUUCCCCUCCUGGGUGUGAUGGUGCCCACGGUCUUGUAUUUAAAGAGUAUCGAGCGCAAGCGUCUUGCGGCUGAAGAGGAUUGA